UAACAGAACUUAAGCCACUGCCAUCGUAUUCGUCACUGUACAGCCACGGAGGACACAUCACCGGCGGUCUUACCGGCAAUGGUGACUCGACCAUUGGAGGUCAAUUGUCGACAGUUCAACAAAACGGAUCAGCCGUGCUUGCUGUCCUUGGAGCUUCAUCCGUGUCCAACACACCAUCUCUUCUGCCCAUCUCCAGCCUCACAAGUUCCGGUCAUCAAAUCCUAGCCAGCAGUGCUGCAACCAACCACCUUUCUCAUCUAAAUCCGACCAUCAUUUCCGAGGCGUCACCAUCCAUCAUUGGACGCACGUUCUCCUUAGACAACAUCAUGCUGAAACAAGAACAUGACGCGCUGUACGCACCCUCGCCGCCAAAAGCAGUCCCCGUUAUUGCAUCAGACAUCCCCAAUGAAGCAGACGGUUCAGUGCAAGGGCUGUUCAAAAGUGAGAUCAUUCAACUGAAGUCCGUGGCAACUAGUCAUUGA